AUGCCUGCUCCAGUCUACCCAAAACCCCUUCUAGAGCCCUACCCAAUCCCCUCACCAACUCAAGCCCCCCUCGACUGGGCCCCGCUCGCCAUCAUCGACCUCUCCAAAUUCGAGGAACCCAACGGUAAACAGGACCUCGCAGUUGAACUCAAAGAUGCGGUGAAACGCUGGGGUUUUUGGACCGUAGUGGGUGCAGGCUUCACCCAAGAGGAGCUGGACCGCCAGCUUGCUAUUGGGAACACGUUUUUCAAGCUCCCGCUUGAGGAGAAGAGGAAGUUCGCUUGUGAUUUCUCGGUUGGGAACUACUUUGGGUACAGAGAGCCAACGCGGUUCGUCAGUCGUACGGAUGUUAAAGAGAAUAUGGAAAUGCUGAACGUGCCCAAGUUCACACCAGACUAUGCUAGCAUCCCUCAGCACCAGCUCGUCAAAGCUUAUCACGACGAGAUUGCCCAGUUCCAUCGGAGAGUGUGGGACGAUGUCAUCCGGAAACUGUUUGUCCUGUUCACGAUAAUAUUGGAGCUGCCAGAGAACUACUUUGUCGAUCGUCAUGGUUAUGAGGCGCCAUCAGAAGAUCAUCUCCGCUAUAUGAUUUACCAUCCUCGGACAGUUGAAGAUGAUAAAAAGAUCUCAGACCAGUGGACUGCUGGCCAUACAGACUUUGGCUCUCUUACCCUUCUCUUCUCGCAGCCCGUUGCAGCUGGAAAAUGGGUCAAGUACGUCCCAGGAGGCAUUACCUGCAAUGCUGCCGACACGUUAUCAUUCCUAACCAAGGGAUACAUAAAGAGUACCAUCCACCGCGUCGUCCGUCCACCUCCCGACCCAUCGCACCUCGAACGUCUCGGGCUCUUCUACUUUGCGCGACCGGGUAAUGACGUACCGAUGGUUCCCGCUCCGAGUCCUGUGCUCUUCCGCGAAGGGUUGGUGACUGAAGAUGAAACGAAGGUUACUGAGGACUCAGUCAGUGGGUAUGAGUAUGUCCGUGCAAGGGUGAAGAAUGUCCAUGACCGGAAGGCGACACGUAUCGCUGAGAAUGACCCGGAUGCGGUGUUCCAGGUUAAGAACCUGACAGUGCAAGAUUACUAUGUCUGA